UAUUUUAUGUGUUGGCAACGUGGGGAGGAAGAAAGACGAGAGAUUGCGCGUUAUCGUGUUAGAAACAGAGCAUCGAUCGGAAAAAACAGAACUCAGAAGGGAAUGGCCACACAGACGCAAGAUUCACCUUCAAACCCUAACCCUAAUCCCAAUGCCACGUCACCGACGCCGUCUUCUUCGUUGUUCUUUCGCGGCGCCGGUGCUUCCGCAGCUCCCUUCGCCGGCUCCGGCGAGUCCCACUCGCACCACCGGAGAGCACUCUCGGAGGUCAGUUACCGGCUUCCGGACGACAUGAUGGACCUCUCGCCGUCGGAUCCGUUCAACGGCGGAUCCUCGACGGCGAGCCUAGAGGAGAUCGGAUCCGAGGACGACCUCUUCUCUACCUACAUUGACGUUGAAAAGCUCGGCAGUGGCGCUAACGGCGCCGGCCGCGGUGGAAAUGGAUCGGAUCAGAGCGGUUACGGAAACGGCGCCGGUAUUAGCGAACACAACGACGGCGAGAAGAGUCCGAGAGCUGCAGAGGCGCGGCCGAGACACCGGCACAGUAGCUCCGUCGACGGUUCCUCGUCGACAAGCAUGUUCGGAGAGAUCAUGGAAGCGAAGAAAGCAAUGCCUCCUGAUAAGCUAGCGGAACUUUGGAACAUUGAUCCAAAGCGUGCCAAGAGAAUACUAGCUAAUCGGCAAUCUGCUGCGCGUUCAAAAGAAAGAAAGGCGCGCUAUAUACAAGAACUAGAGCGCAAAGUUCAGACCCUCCAAACCGAGGCAACAACACUUUCUGCCCAACUCACACUGUACCAGAGGGAUACAACUGGUCUGAGUAGUGAAAAUACCGAGCUUAAGCUCCGUCUCCAAGCCAUGGAGCAACAGGCACAACUUCGUGAUGCUCUUAAUGAUGCAUUGAUGAAGGAAGUUGAGAGGCUUAAGAUUGCUACUGGCGAGGUAUUGAACAACCACUCUGAGUCUUUCAAUAUGGGAAUGCACCAGAUGCCAUUUGCAGGGUCAAAUUUCUUUUCAAUCCCACCACAUUCAGGUCCUCCUAGUCACCAGAAUAUGCAGUUGCCUCCAUAUGGUCUCUCCCAAUCUAGCAUGCCAGCUCAUCAGCUGCAACAAACAAAUUCUCACCAAAUCUCAGAUAUAUUGCAAAACGACCAGCUUGGUCGUUUGCAGGGACUUGACAUUAGUAGCAAAGGAUCACCAUUUGUGAAAUCUGAAGGCCCUUCAAUAUCCGCAAAUGAUAGUAGUACUACGUUUUGAAUUUGACGCAAAUUGCUUGACCUGCUGACUUGUCCAUGGCAUCAUUCCAUUCUCUUCAAUUGUCUAUAGUGUUGACGUGCAGUCAUCUAAUGAAGGUGCUCUGUUCCAUUAAAUAUUCCUUUCAGAUUAAGGAUUAAUUAUUAAUUGUUUAUUCUUAGGGAUGCUCCCCAAAAAGGCGAAGCAGCCCUGGGGUUUUGUCGCAAAACUUCACCCACGCAAUCAUCUUGAAGCGUGGCAUUUUGGUGUUUGUGGGUUUUAGAUCACUGGGAAUGAAAGGUCAUUCUCAUGGUAUCUUACGAGGGGGAAGAAUCUUGACCUACCCUCUCCAGUCAUUUGUAUCAUUAUGUACCGUGAUUUGUUGUUGUGUUCCAUUUCAAGGAUUGUAAGAUGAAUCAAAACCAAGGAAAGGAUGUGUAAGAUGGAUUCUGUUCAGUUCA